ACUCUUAAUGAUGACAGUGGGGAUAUGGAUUCACCAGAUAGCAUUUAUCCUCUGUGUGCUAUCAAACUGCACCUGUCUCGUGUAUGAGGAGAGUAUCCCCAAAUUACUACAGCACUGCUUAAAACAGACAAGCCAUGUUAAGGGCAACGUAAAAAGAGACACUGCAGAGGCCAUACAUUACUUGUGUACAAAAGAAUAUAUCUUCAAAACACCCGAAGAAAGAUGGCAUCCAGAUCUUGAUCACGUGGUUAAUACGAAUACUUUGCGUGAAUUUGCCGUGCUUUUCAAGGAACUAGAUGUAGAAGAAAACGAUAGCCACAGAGUGCAUUACAAGUACUCUAGUAUUAAAAAACAUUUUAUAAGGGUCAAACGAAAGGAACCAAUCGUACGAAAGGAAUACAGACAGCUGACGAAAAAGCAGAGGACAAAAUUUCACAAAGCUCUGCAAGCUAUGAAGGCUGACACGAGUGACCCUAAAAGGCAGCCAAACGUUUAUGAUUGGUUUUGUAACCUUCAUCCUAACAAAGUUGCCCCGAACGCUCACUAUGGUCCAGCCUUUCUGGGUUUUCAUCGAAUUAUGCUGUAUCUAUUCGAAGAAAAACUGAGAUCUUAUGAUCCCGACGUGUCUCUUCCAUUUUGGGAUUCAACGUAUGAGAGCAUUCUGGACACGCCCACCGCCAGUGUUAUUUUUACGGAAGAUUUUAUGGGCUCAGGCACAGGGACAGUGGUGGACGGUCCUUUCAAGAACUGGAAGCAUGACACCGCAGGUGUUCUUAUAAGAAACAUUGGAAACAGUGGUCAGCUAUUUGAGAGAGAAAAACUAGACAAAAUCAUGAUGAAGACUUACAUAUCAGAAAUAACCCAACCUGACGCCGAGUUUGAUGUAAAUCUGGAAGCCAUGCACGGUCAAGUACAUGCUUGGAUUGGAGGUUCCAUGGAUAAUCUGGACUAUUCUCCUUCAGAGCCUCUUUUCUAUAUGCACCACUGUUAUGUAGAUGCAUUGUGGGAAAAAUUCAGGGAUAACCAGGUAAAACGUGGUGUGGAUCCAACGUCCUACCCCGAAGUUACGGGUGGCCAUGCCCCAGAUAAGCCAAUGAAACCAUUCUAUCUAAAAAUAAAAAAUGGAAAGAAAAUUUACUUGAAAAACAAAGUUGGGUAUGCUUUGAAAUGGUCCCAGUUAGUGCAAUACCAGUAUCCAAAGAGAAACUGUAAGACUAAUGCUGACUGUGCUUCAGAUGUUAUGGUCUGUAGGGAAGAGCAGUGUAUGACUAUGACUGCACACGAAUACGAGGUUUCAAAGAAACCAAAACCCAGGCCCAGAAUACUAAAAGCGGCGGCCGCUUUUCCGAUCCCAACAGAACCCCCAAAGCAGGAUGAGGAUUUUUUGAUGGGUUGGAACAGUUGGUUUGGCUGGAGGAAGAAAAGAAGUGUUAGUCAUAUUCACAAACAUUUUCAGUAUCCCUAUAAAUAUAUUACCAGUCAGCAUAACAAUAUACGAAGGUAUCUUCGAAGGUAUCACAGUCGCAAAAACUCAGCAACUGCAGUGAAAUACAAGUAUUCUGAUGAAAAAACGUCUCCUAUAUACCACUCAUUUCAGAAUACAUUUACCAUAGAUGGUGUGGAGGAUACUUCCCAGUGGGCGUACAUUCCCAUCAUUGUGUACUACAGAAGACCAGUCGAGGUUCAAUAUGAUGCCCAUCCAAUAAAACACGGGAAGCCUGUUAUGAAUAAAGAUGUAUUUAACGAAUAUCAUGACGCUAAAUAUAUUACUCAUAAAGUAGGAAACCCUGCAAGAAAUCCAAAAUGCAUACAUAUUGGUUCAGGUGCCACCAAAAUAUAUGUUAAAGCUUCUGGUAUCAACUACAACGGAUUUUACACCGACUACGCACUUGUUGACGAGCGACAGCCCUUGUCCUCUUCAUUGACGGAGGUGGGCGUGAGAAAGCCAGUCGGCAAAACUCUCUCAAAAGUUUACAUCUCGGCCCACGAUCCAUGUGGACGAAGUUGCAAACCUCGCUGUCUUGUAGCAGGAUCGAAUCCAGCACGUUAUAAAAAAUGCACCGGGACUCUGGGUGUCACGAACAGCGGACCUCUCAUGUAUAGUUCAGAUGUCGGCGAUGCUCAUCUGAACACUUAUGACUUCUCCACUCUCCCGCCAACUCUGUCCAGUAAGAAGGUCUUUCUUGUUUUUUAUUGUGACCAAACCGAAGUUUGGCCUUGGGAUUGAGCGGAAAGUAUUUAUUGUAAAGGAAUCAUACUGAUUCAAAUUGAGGACAU